AUGGCUGGAUCUACUAACCUUCCUCCUGGUUUCCACUUCUUCCCCUCCGACGAAGAACUCAUCAUCCAUUUCCUCCGUCGCAAGGCCUCUCUCCUCCCAUGCCGACCUGAUAUUGUCCCUACACUACCUCUGAAUCGCUACGAUCCAUGGGAACUGAAUGGCAAAGCACUUAAUGCAGGGAACCAGUGGUACUUCUUCAGCCACGCAACACAGAGUAGGACUUCACGAAAUGGGCACUGGAAUCCCAUUGGCUCCGAUGAGUCGGUAAGUAGUGGUGGUUCUAAUGUCGGCCUGAAGAAGACGUUCAUCUUCUCCAUUGGAGAAGAGCCCUUUCAGGCGACCAAAACCAACUGGGUUAUGAAUGAGUACCACUUAAUUGACGGGAAUGGGAGUAGCAGCAGUUCAGGUAGUUCACGCAAGCGGUCCCACAAGAAGAAAGGCCACUCGGACAAAGAACCCAGCAAUUGGGUGAUAUGUCGGGUGUUCGAGUCGAGCUGCAAUUCUUAUGCAAGCUUCCAAGAGGAGGACAUGGAGCUUUCAUGCUUAGACGAGGUGUUCCUAUCCUUAGAUGACUAUGAUGAAGUCAGUUUACCGAAAAAUUAG